GUUAUUUUCUUUUCUCCCCCAGCUGCCCCAGGGAUCUGGUUUCCCGAAUCACUUGGCAAAUAACCAGCAGGUGGGCAGAUGUCUUUUUUGCGUUCCUACGGACGCGUAGGCAAGUUGGAUGCGCCGGAGUGAACAGCCAGGGUCCUAUCUCUCAGACGGCUCCCGGGCGGUGCUAGCAGGGAAGAGGGACGCGCCGGCUAAUGAAACACUACUAGCCCGGAAAGCCGGCCUGGACCUUCCACCCGGGGCAGCGAGUCUGGCAGCCCCUCGCCGCCGCCCCCUCCGACCAGAACAGACUGCGCUGCGAGCCCCGGGCUUCCGCCGCAGCGCGCAGAAAUUGGAGGUGCCAGAGGAGACCAGCAGCAGCACUUGAUUUAGCUGGGCUGCGGGAAUUCCGACCUGUACACUUUCCAGAAGCCUGAUCUCUCCAAGUCCGCGCCCAGGGACUCGAGCCCCGGCUUCCAGGUUGACCCGAGCGCGCCCCCUUCGUGCUCUCGGCUGCGUUCACCGCGCGGGGCCUCCGGGUCUUGUGAAGCCCGAACAGCACAGGCCGCUGCCUCAGCAUCCACCUCGCAGCCCACGUGUGGCAAGCCGGUGAAGGGGUGGAGUGAACGGCCGGAGACCACGCGGAGAGAGGGGCCGCUUUGGCCCUUCCAUCUGGGUGCCGGGAGCUCCUAGGCACUCCGGCCAUGGCCGACAGCGCCGGUGCUGGCAGCUCGGGCCCCUGGUGGAAAUCGCUCACCAACAGCAGAAAGAAAAGCAAGGAAGCCGCAGUGGGGGUGCAGCCUCCCGCCCAGCCGGCUCCCGAGGAGCCCACGCCACCUGCGCAUCCCAGCCCGGACUGGACCAGCAGCUCCCGGGAGGACCAGCACCUCAAUCUCCUCGGGGGCGCCGGCGAGCUCCCCAAACCGGACAAGUUAUACGGGGACAAAUCCGGCAGCAGCCGCCGCAAUUUGAAGAUCUCACGCUCCGGCCGCUUUAAGGAGAAGAGGAAAGUGCGCGCCACGCUGCUCCCGGAGGCGGGCAGGUCCCCGGAGGAGGCGGGCUUCCCUGGUGACCCCCACGAGGACAAGCAAUAGCCCCAAUAGCCUGCGCGCUCCAGGACUGUCUACCCAGCGCUACCCCAAACCCCCAGUUCCAAACCCGAGACUUCAGGCCCUCCCCCUUACGUGUUGUCUCAUUCCACCGAAUUCAGAAUAUUUACACAAUGCCUUCAUGAUUUUAUUUUUCUGGAAAUUGAAGUGUCAAUUGGGUUCUCAAUAUUUCAUGACUCCAAGGAUGCAUUAAAUAUUUAUUUGUGGUAAGAGAAGAUACCUGCCGCGGAGGAGGGUGGCAUAAUUAUUUUUUUUUCAAAAAGCUAUUCUGGGGCCCUGGAUCCUGUCACAGCUCAGCUUGAACUCUGUAGCCUCUCAAAUGAAGACGGUGGCUGUUAUUUAGCACUCUGUGGAAAGCAAAUCACAGUGCUGUUUUUAAUGCCUGAGAAAUGCACUUUAGGGGUUCCUCAUAGACUUACACCUUAAGUGAAGGAGUGGGGGAGGAAGAAGCAUUCUUAAGUAGAAGCAUUUUAAAGUAAGGCAGGAUUGCUUUUAAUGUUAAACUACAAAACUGUACAGCCUAUUUUAGUGUGGACUAUUAAAACCCUUGCACUGUAA